AUGCCCGGGGCAGCCACGCAGCCUGUUGGAACGCCCUCACCGGCUUCUCCGGGACCAUUCACUUCCACCCAAAAUUAUCCCUCUCCUGCCUGCUAUGUUGAAGCUAAGGGAUCUCUGUCCCAUCCUCAUGAGGACUCACCCAGUGUCAAUUUCCCCUUGAAUCCGUCUCAUAAUGAAACUAGUAAGGACGCCAAUGCUGGUUUUUCACUCCCGGGCAGAUCUAAAGACCCACAGGAACACCAGACUGUGCCAGAUGGUCCCGAUGCUGCAUAUAUCGCUAAGAUAUUGGCCGCCAACAAUAGAUUACUAUCCUUGCGGGAUAAAGUUGCCUUCAAAAGAUCCGAAGUACAAGAGCUACGCACGGCCCUGAGGUCCAAAAGGGAUGAAGAAUCCAGUAUCAGAGCGCACUUUAUCAGACAUAACAAUGAGGCUCUUCUUUCCGCCACUGGUAUAUACUCGGAUAUGGAAGCAGAAUGCAAUAGGGCAGAAAGUGAGCUGGAGCGAGAUGAGUACACGCUUAUCAAGGCAAUGGAAGAUUUUGCCCGAUUAUCGCAUGAUCAUCACUCACUUCCAACGCCUGAUGAGCCGUCCCUUAUCGAUCGCGAUAGUUUGGGUGACGUGAGGUCGACCACCAGCUCAGUCCCGGAGGAUCCCCCGGAUGUAGUGGAUUGUGUGUCCUGCGUAGCUGACGUACGCAUGAUUCAAGAGCGCCUUAUUGACUUAGACAGGAAGAAAGAGGAACGCGAGUCCUUGAAUAUGCCCAUGGAUGAUGAAUCUAUCGAGUUUCUUCGCACCUAUGACGAAGAAAGGAGAGAAAUUUGCGACGAAUUGUUCUAUGCGCAACUGUAUAUGAAUCAGCUGCGGACAGUCUUUUUCGAAAAAGGGCAUCUGAUACAUGAGUACAUCCAAGGUCGUGACUUUGUUUAUAAAGUUUAUCCUGCUGCUGCUCCCAACCAACCGGAGGAUCCACCGAAGGCCUCUACGGAAGAGGAUACCUCCCCCUUUGAGCCUAUAGAGGAGAAGGUCAGCCAAACCAAGUUCGUCAACAAAUGGCUCCUCCACCGGCUUCGACAAUCAACCAUCGAGAUUGGUCAUCUCAAAUCCCUACCGGAGAUCAAAAGCCUGUCUGUCACUGAACAAUGGUUUGAGGACGAGGCCACCGUAUCGGCCUCUCCGCCACCGGCCACCAGUGAUAUGAGCGUUCAGGAACCUGUAAGUGUCAGGGAUACAGUUUCUGGGAGUCACUCGGUUCGAGAAGGAAUUAGCCACUACGAUCGUUCUACCAAUUGA